AUGCCCGUCCCAACAAGAACACAAGAAAAAAACAUAUGGAUAGCAGCAGGUGACGCGAUCUCUCCGAACGCUCCUGAUCCAUUCACUUACACUCCAAUGCAUGCAGCUGCAUCUUAUGGCCAACACCAAGUGUUGUCCUAUCUCGUCAGCAAGGGUGGCGAUGUGAACGUCACCGACGAGGACGGUGAUACACCCUUGUACACAGUCGAAAACGUCGAAACAGCCCAGUGGCUUAUCAGUCAUGGCGCAAUCACCGACAGACGUAAUAACGAAGGCGUCUCGCCGGCGGACCAUUUGGAGGAGGAUUUUCCCGACGUCGCCGCGUUUCUGAGGUCACAGUUGACCGGACAUCCGGUCGUGCCCAGCGAAAUCCCGAUUUCACAACCAUCCCAGCACCAACAAGAUGCAGCAUCAGAAACCCUAACCUCAGCGUUGAUGCAGUCGGUACAAGAUAUCAUGCAGCGGACGAAAGAGCUCAGACAGGUUGUCAGCCGGGCUGUUCUGGAGGGUGUCUUGACAGGUUACGAGAUGUCAAACCAGCAAAACCGGCAGGAACAGGAUUCCGACUCCGAAUCCUUCAAGCGCGCCAGGACGGAAGGGGGCGGCGACAGCGGUGGGGAUUGA